GGCAAGAAGCCUGGCCUUUACCCACACCCUCCCUGCUAUAUUCGACUUCCUGGAAGCACUGUUAACUCUUUGUUUUCCUGAGGGCAGUAGGGUACUUUAGAAGGAAGCUCUUUUCGGGCCAGAGCUGAGGGGGCCCAUACCAAGGGGCAGGAGUUCUGACCUGCAAAGAGAGGGAGUAUUUUUUCCAGGAUUCCUGGGCCAGAGCCAGUAGAGCAAAACUGGCACGGCCGGCAUCAGGCACUUCCCAGCGGCAGUGGUUCCCCAAUUCGUGGCAUGUUGCCCUGAUCCUGGGCCCUGGCUGCCCUGGCUGCCCUGGCUGCCAACUUCUGCUUGGCCUGGUAUAGGUGACAAGCACUUGGCCACUCAGGCUCUGAGCUGGCUGGAUACAAUGUGUAAGGAUGAAGGGGCCCCUUAGGGGCCUCAAGCUGGAGGGCUGAGGGCACUGCCCGAUCAUCUCUCUGUCCACAGUAGGCAGCCCUACAUGGCCACCAGCACGGGGUGGUAUGAGUUUAGGCUACCCUCCUCUCCUUGCUGGGUACUGACCUGGUCUGCUCAGUGUCCGGGGCCCGCCUGCCCUUCUAGCAUCUGUGGUUAGAGGGUUGCUGCCCUUAGCAGGUCUGGGGGGAGGGCCAGGGGCUAGCUGCUGGUUAAAUUUAGUGAGUGGGGCGGUACCUCUGCCUAAGGUCCACCUACCACCACAGCUGCCACUUGGGCCCUGAUGCCAGAAGUCAGGCAGUGGCUGGCUCUGACUGGGGCUGGGCUCAUAUUAACCUGUCCUCUGAUGUGAGGGCCAAAGGAACAGGCUUGUGAAUUGGGAGGCCAUUGUGGCAGCAGAACUGAGAGGUGCAAGUUGAGAGAGGUAUGAGUGUGUGUAUGUGUGCGUGCGCGUGCAUUCCCCACUUAGAACUCCUGGUGGCUUCUCUCCCAAUCUGCAGAAGCAGAGGAGCCAAGGCUCCCCUUCGGUCUAACCAGCUGCUACUGCCCAGCUCAGAGGACUGGCUUCCUCACUGUCAGUUCACCCUUGGAUCUGGCUGGCCUGGCAGCCUGCAAAGGCAAACCCUGGGAAUGGCCUGCGAGCCUGUGGAGGUGGGGUUCUGGGGGCCUAUCGCAGUUCACUUCCUGCUCUCUCCGCCAAUCAGGAAGGAGGGAAGGUGACAGGCUACCCCUCCACCCCAAAGCCUGGGGUGUGGCCCCAAGGGCAACCCCAGGCUAAUGUGUGUUGAAAGGGUGUGAGGGCAACCUGGGGCAAGGGGUUCGAGGGUCCAGGGUUGGCCUGCCCUGUCUCCAGCCCUCCUCCUCCCUCCAGUCCCUUGCAAUGCUGAUCAGGGACCAAGGUCCAGCUGCAGUGUUCUUGUAGUCUCUGGGCCAUGGCCAUUGCCCUGGUGGAACUCAGAGUCUCUAUUCCUCACUCGUCCCCCCCAGCGCCCCCCCCCAGCAUUCCUAAAGCCUGGCUGUCACCUAGGAGACAGGUCUGUCUGCUGGCCUAAGAAAAGAUGGGGGUGCCAAGAGGGCUAGGCCUCAGCAGUGCCCUGCUGAGGUAAAUCCAGUGGCUACUGGCUCCAGUCUCACCUUAGGGGUCACCCCUACCCAACUCUGCCAACCUUUCAGGUCCACCAGGCCCAGGCAUUGAGCCCUUCCCUCCCCCAACACCAAGGCCGUCUCUCCCUACCCCCCAUGUGGGUCUCCUGCUCUCCUGUCAUGGGGACACUGGGCGGGCACUGGGACUCACCCCAAGCCCCGCCUGCUGUCUCACCCACGCCCUCUGCCUCCCUGGGGCAGAACUGUGCCCAGACCAUGGGGUGGAGCCCAGGCAGCUCCAGCUCCUUCAGCCCUUUCUGUCCCUUUCACUGGAGCCAGUAGGCUGCAGUGAAGCGGGUGUCCUCUUACUUUGAGCUCCCUGAUUCAGGCUCCCUCUCCCAACCUGAGCUCCCAAGCCUGGACCCUGCUGCCCCCACCACCACCUCUGGGCCUGCCACCUCCUGAGCCACCUUCCUGCCUGAUCUGAGCAGAGUCAUGGCCUUGAGAGUAGGUGACCAGAGCCGGGCUGCAAGGAAUGGGCUGAGGGAGAAGGUGCUGACCCUGGACUCCAUGAACCCAUGUGUGCGUAAGGUGGAGUACGCCGUGCGUGGCCCCAUAGUGCUGCGGGCCUUGGAGCUGGAGCAGGAGCUGCGCCAGGGUGUGAAGAAACCCUUCACUGAGGUCAUCCGUGCCAACAUUGGAGAUGCACAGGCCAUGGGGCAGAGGCCCAUCACUUUCUUCCGCCAGGUCUUGGCCCUCUGUGUCCACCCAGAUCUCCUGAACAGCCCUGACUUCCCUGAGGAUGCCAAACGAAGGGCUCAGCGCAUCUUGCAGGCGUGCGGGGGCCACAGCCUGGGGGCCUAUAGCAUCAGCUCUGGCAUCCAGCUGAUCCGUGAGGAUGUUGCCCGGUACAUCGAGAGGCGAGAUGGAGGCAUCCCUGCUGACCCCAACAACAUCUUCCUGUCCACGGGUGCCAGUGGUGCCAUCGUGACGGUGCUGAAGCUGCUGGUGGCUGGGGAGGGCCGCCGGCGUACAGGCGUGCUCAUCCCUGUCCCGCAGUACCCACUCUACUCGGCCACUCUGGCGGAACUGGACGCGGUGCAGGUGGACUACUACCUGGAUGAGGAGCGCACUUGGGCACUCGAUGUGGCUGAGCUGCGGCGCAGGCUGUCUCAAGCACGUGACCACUGCUGCCCACGAGCGCUCUGCGUGAUCAACCCCGGCAACCCCACCGGGCAGGUGCAGACCCGGGAGUGCAUCGAGGCCGUGAUCCGCUUCGCGUUCGAAGAGGGACUCUUUCUGCUGGCUGAUGAGGUGUACCAGGACAACGUGUACGCAGAGGGCUCGCAGUUCUACUCCUUCAAGAAGGUGCUCACCGAGAUGGGCCCACCGUACUCUACGCAGCAGGAGCUUGCCUCCUUCCACUCAGCCUCCAAGGGCUACAUGGGCGAGUGCGGGUUCCGCGGUGGCUACGUGGAGGUGGUGAACAUGGACCCUGAAGUGCAGCGGCAGAUGCUGAAGCUCAUGAGUGUGCGGCUGUGCCCGCCUGUGCCGGGCCAGGCCCUGCUGGACAUGGUGGUCAGCCCGCCAGCACCCUCUGACCCCUCCUUUGCGCAGUUCCAGGAGGAGCUCGGCCUGGCCCCAGACAUGUUCUUCUGCCAGCGCCUCCUGGAGGAGACCGGAAUCUGCGUGGUGCCCGGGAGCGGCUUUGGGCAACUGGAGGGCACCUAUCACUUCCGGAUGACCAUUCUGCCCCCCAUGGAGAAGCUUCGACUGCUGCUGGAGAAGCUGAGCCGUUUUCAUGCCAAGUUCACCCGGGAGUACUCCUGAGGCCACCACAGGGACCAGGCUGGGCUGCCUGGACUGACUGUACCCAGGGACCUGGUAGUCUCUGGACCCCUGAGAACUUGCUGCUGCCCUUGGGGGCUGGGCAUCUCUCUCUGCCAGUUCCUAAUAAAGCUGAGUGCGGUUAUGACUCUG